AUGGCAACGACGUCUACUGCCGGAGCUGCCCUACCAUCAGCCCCCAUUAAUGUUCAGGAAUUUUCCAUAAGAGUUCCCAAACAUACGCAGAAAAAGUACCAUGUAAUGAGAUUUAACGGCACUUUAGACGUGGAUUUUGCGAAAUGGACAAAAGUGAGUAUGGAAAGAGAAAAUAACAUGAGAGAAUUUAAAGGGGCAGACGAAGAUAUACCAAAAUUUGGAGCUGGUUCAGAGUUCGGUCGAGAAGCCAAGGAAGAAGCCAGGCGCAAAAAAUUGGGGAUCAUAGCGAGAAAAUACAAAGCAGAUGAUCAACCGUGGAUACUAAAAUCAUUUGGUAGCACAGUUAAGAAAUUUAAAGGUAUUCGAGAAGGUGGUGUAUCUAAUAAUACAGCUUACUAUGUGUUUACCCAUGCAGAAGACGGUGCUAUUGAAGCUUUUCCUCUACAAGAAUGGUACAAAUUUCAACCCAUCCAAAGAUACAAAGCUUUGUCAGCCGAAGAAGCAGAACUAGAGUUCAAUAAGAGAGACAAACAUUUAAAUUACUUCUCUCUCAUGUUAAGAAAACGUCUCAAAGGCGAGGAUGAUGUAGACUUAGAUGAAGGUGAAGAAAAAGGAAAAAAAUCAACAUCAAAGAAAGAUAAAGAACUAAAGAUUUCCGAAAUGGAUGAAUGGAUGGAGACAUCAGAUGAAGAUUCAUCAGAAGCGGAAGAAAAAGAAGAGAAAGAGGAAGAAAAGAAGAAAAAAACAAAGAAAGUUGCUCCUAAAAAGAACAAAAAACGCGAUACAGACGCCGAAGCUUUUGAAGACUCUGAUGAUGGAGAUGGUGAAGGACGAGAACUCGAUUACAUCAGCGAUAGCAGCGACAGUGAACCAGAAAACGUAAAUCUCGAUGGGGUAUCUGAAGAAAAAGCACUCAGAAAACUUCUAAACUCCGAUGAAGAAACUGAUGAUGAUUCUGAUAAAUCAGACAAAGAACAAAGCAACGAUGAUGAAGAAAACGAGGCGGAAAAGAAGGAAGAAGCAGAGGAAAAGGAAAAAAAGAAGAAAAAGAAGAAGAACAAGAAAGAUGUGAAAAAAGAAGUAAAAAAAGAAACUAAAGCUGAAGAAAAUAAAGAUUUCAGUUCAGACAGCAGCUCUGAUGAUGAAUCAAAGAAGAAAACUGAAAAGAAAGUUAAAAAAGAUGAAAAAGAAAUCAGCAGUGGGAACAGCUCUCGAUCCGCCACCCCUACAGACAACAAAAGGAAAUUAAUCAAUGAUGCAUUGGCAGGACCAAGUCCUAAAAAAGUCAAAAUGGACAUGCCAAAUUAUAUAUCAGGUUCAAAUGAAUCUGGUAUUACUGAAGAUGCAGUCAGGAAGUAUCUAAUGAGAAAACCAAUGACCACCACGGAAUUAUUGCAGAAGUUCAAAUCAAAGAAAACUGGACUGUCUAGCGAACAACUCGUGAAUAUUAUGACCCAGAUUUUGAAAAAAAUCAACCCCGUUAAACAAACGUUGAAAGGAAAGAUGUAUUUAUCUAUAAAAUCAUAG